AUGAUCGAUGAGAUAGAGAGCAAGACGAAAGUUGUCCCAGUAUUAGGAUUAGUAUGGGAUUUAGAAAAAGAUAGUUUGAGUUGCAAGAUCGAAGAAACAUUUAACUUGAGGGAACCUAUUACCAAAAGAAAAGUUUUGUCAAUUACCCAGAAAAUUUUUGAUCCCAUUGGCUUUACUGCACCGAUAACUGUAAUUCCUAAGCUAAUUUUGCAAGAAACAUGGAACCAGAAGAUUAAGUGGGAUGAAGAUCUUCCUCUUCCCCUAAGUGAGCAGUUUGGGACUUGGUUGAACCAAUUGCCUCUGCUAUCUCAGAUUGAAAUUCCUCGUUGGUUAAAUAUUGAUUACGAAAACGAAGAUACCGUAGUGCUCCACGUUUUUUCGGAUGCUAGUAAAAGAGCCUAUGCCACAUGUGCAUUUUUAAGAGCUGAAACCAUCGAAGGUGUAAAGGUUCAGUUAGUAAGCGCGAGAAGUCGAAUAGCCCCUAUUAAGGAACUUACGAUUCCACGGCUUGAACUUCUUUCCUGUCUGAUAGGUGCCAGGCUUGCCAAAACAAUUCUAUCAGAUUUGAAACUUAAGAAUUGUAGAACAGUGUUCUGGAGUGAUUCUUCUACAGCUUUGGGGUGGAUAAGAAGGGAUCAAGCAUGGGGUACGUUUGUUCACAAUCGAGUACAAGAAAUAAGAUCGCUUACCAGAAUAUCUGACUGGAGGCAUGUACCUGGAAGUUUAAACCCAGCGGAUCUCCCAUCGAGAGGAUGUACUAUUGAGCAAUUACAGAAAUCGGCAUGGUGGGAGGGCCCAUCGUGGCUUUACUUACCAGAAGACGAGUGGCCCCAUGUAGAAGAAAAGCCUGAUGAAGAACUUAUAAACAAGGAAAAAAGGAAAACGAUUCUGACUCUUCUAGAUCAUGGAGACAAUUUGGACCGGUACUACAAAUACUUCUCUUCAUAUAGAAAAACCGUGAGAAUGAUCGCUUGGAUUUUCAGGUUUUAUCACAAUUUAAAGAACAAAGAUAAAAACCUCACUCCUGAUGUCUCAGUUGAUGAAUUGGAGAAUGCUGAAAAGGCACUUUGUAGAUUGGUACAGAAAGAAUCAUUUACAGGCAUAAACGAUCCCGCCAUUCGUGCGCUGAGACCAAUCGUAGACCAAAAUGGAAUUUUAAGAGCCAAAACGAACGUCCUACAGCGUCAAGAUAAUGAAAAUUUCCGAUAUCCUAUCAUUUUACCUUCAAAACAUAUUCUUGUUGAGAGACUAAUUUACGAGAAACAUCUAGAACUCCAGCAUGCUGGUGUCAGCACACUUUAA